CAGGGAAAUGGAAUAGGAGCCAUUGGUACUUGUUGGGGGCUAAUGGUUUUCUUCUCCACUGAUGGCUGUGUGAAUGAUGUCUUGUGGUGCAUUUGCUUCACAGGAAACUAGUUAAAAAUGAAGCUACUUCGGCCCACAGGUUAUUUUUCGAACCAGUGUUUUUUGUUUUGUUGGAAUUUAAAAGGGUUGGCUUAUAUCGCGACUGUUUUUGUCUUCGUCCGCGGCUCAUUGCUUUAGCACUCGACAAAGCGAAUGCGUCUCAAAGGAGUUUCCACUCGCGAGGGAGUUGUGCUGGAAACAACACUUUGUCACCUCGAAACGUGGGCAGCGCAGAGCUUUAAGACGAAGAGCGAAGGCACUUCACUUUGAGACACACUUCACACCAGUUGUCAUAAUUACAUAAUUUGUGAAAAUCGGUGCAAAGCGGAGGAUUAUAUGAGCGAUUCCGCUUACCCUUACAUAGUUUCCUGAGUCCUUCCCGAUUGCUUACUCCGCUCAGCAUCCAACUGUGUCACAGAGCACUGAACCCAGAAAGAAGGAUGAACCGCUCACAAGGCUAUUCUGAAACCCUGACCGUGCCAAAAAGCCAAAAUUCUAGCUGCAGUAUCGAAGCCCCUUUCCAGUUCUACUUAUUUCCAAUAGUUUACAGUAUUGUAUUUGUACUGGGGCUGAUUGGAAAUGUAGCAGUGUUGUACAUAUUUAUUGUGAAGGUCAAAAAAACCUCCCCAUCUUAUUUGUACUUUAUAAACUUGGCUGUGGUGGACGUUCUGUUUGUCUGUACGUUGCCGUUUAGAAUCUUCUACCACAUAAAAAAGAAUGACUGGCCUUUUGGGGACGUGAUGUGCCAAAUUACUGGCACCGUGUACUUUGCCAACAUUUACGUCUCUAUUGCUUUCCUGAGCUGUAUUUGCGUGGAUCGCUACAUUGCAGUGGUCCACCCAAGGAAAUACUUGAGGAUCAAGUACACACAUUACCCCAGGGUGAUCGUGGCUCUCGUGUGGGUUGGAGCCCUUGCUGUGAUGCUUCCCUUGAACUUUGAGGGGCCACUGACAAACAUUCGGGAGAACAAGACAGCCUGCUUCGAGAAUUUCUCCGCGGUGGCCUGGAGCGAGCGUAUGGCUGCCUACAACACCAUAGCUUUGCUGUCCGGUUUCCUCAUCCCGUUUUCAAUCAUCAUCAUCUGUUACCCUCUGAUGGCCAAGAAAGUGGCUCGGCUUAAGAACAGCAAGCGUAAGACGAAAGCCUUGAAGAUGAUCUUCUUGAUUCUAGCCAUGUCCAUCGUCUGUUUCAUUCCCUAUCACGUCACCCACUUGUUUUACUUGCUCGCCCGCCUCGAUUUCAUUCAAGACUGCGCUUUUAAGAACUUCCUCUAUAAGACCCGGCGGGUCACCAUGGCUAUGGUGAGCUUCAACACUUGCUUGGACCCCUUGCUGUACUACCUUGCCAACAUCAAAUUUAAGUUGAGUUUCUUUAAGAAGAGUCGACCACUUCAAAAGGUUUACAGUGUCACGACCCACAAAUUUGAAAAACUGACAGUGGAAGAUGCAACCCAUCAACAACUCAUCAACACCUACUUAGGUUCACAGAGCCCUUCACGCAGGGUAGUGUCUCAUCGGUGGGAUUCUUAAAUGCUUCGAUUUACUUUAUCUUUAACGACCGGUGACAGUUUUCCUAAUUGAUCUGAACUCUUGUUUGUACAAAUCCAUUAGAUCGGAGUUGUUGGGAAGAGUCAUGAGGCUGUAGGAAUUCAGUGACUUUCAGACUGAUGCACCCCACCACCCAAGUCCGUCCUUUUGUACAUUGUUGUACCCCCAGCAACAAUAGAGCU